UGGUUCUUCAGCGUUCCCGAUCCGAAAGGUACAUAUUACGAACUGGUAAAAAUUCUUCUCGAACGUGGCGCUUCUCCUAAUGAAUCUGAUGGUUAUCCAAUCAUCAAAUCUGCUCAACUUGGACGAAUCAAGAUGGCUAGGCUCUUAUUAACCUUCAAUGCUAAACCUGGUAUCAAGGAUAACAUGGCUUUGAAGGUGUCCGCAAAAGAAUCUGAUUUUGACAUGGUCAAUUUGUUGAUAGAACGCGGUGCAAAACCUGAUUCAGAUACUUUGAGGAUAGCUGUGGAAAGGAAACAUUGGAAUAUGGCCCAACUAUUGAUUAAACAUGGAGCUACGCCUUCUCCUGAUGUUGUGGCCGCUUUUGAGAAAAAUAAAUGA